AGAUGACAGAAUAUUACUGCCCCCUGGUGGUCGAUGAUGACACAGAAAGAGCCGCAUCAACAAACGUUGCCAUGACAAAUUAAUUAUUGAAGCCGGACCUUGUGUCUUGUUGCCUGGAGACGACAGGGGAACUUGUUGCUAUAGGAGAUAAACCAGCACGCGCCGGCUGUCUGAACAUUAGAGAAACUCUGUCCAGGGAUGUCUGCACUUCCUGCAAAGCCCGGCCUUCGCCUCAGUGUGUCAGAGUGGCUCAGCAGCAACCAGCAGCUGUCGGCCACAGCUGGACACGAGAGACAUGUUUCCAACGGGGUCCGACAAGAGGGGAGGUCCCUCCGCAAUGAGACCAACUGCACGACCGCCUGGGAUGAGAGUGAUACCUCUCGUAAGCUGAGUGACCGAGUUUGGGACGUGGCUCGAUGGAAGGAAGCUUUGCAAACCUGUGCACGGAAAGUGGAUGAAGAGAUGGAGGCUCUGACCCUGUGUAAAGAGCAGACGGAGCAGGCCUUGGCUGCGACCGCUCUUCCCUUUGAGGUCAGUACCGAGUGUCUGACGCUGAGGGAGGGACGACGACGCUCCGAGCUGGUCACUGACCCUGUGGACGAGCAGCUGAAGACAGAAGUGCAGCUGAUCGGUAGAGUGCAGCAGGUUCUGCAGCAGCACGUCGACAAGGCCUUCGAACAGCUGUGCGUUUUGCAGGAGGCUCGACAUCAGCUGACCUCUGACCUCCAGAACAAGAUGGACGCUCUGGAUAUAGACAUGUCCUGUUUGUCACUUACAAUAAAGUCCCCUGAGAUCUCCCUGAAGACCAACCCCACUCGCAUUCCAUCAGGCUCCUCCACUCCUCAGGAGUGGGUCCAGUUCAGCCGGUAUAACGUCGCUCGGGCUCAGGAGGCCAUGCAGGUGUCCCAUCACAUGAGGGAGGACAUGAGUCUCACCAGAGCUCAGCUGCAGAACGAUUUGGCGUUUCAGUGGCGGGCGACAGAGUUCGCUCUUCGUAAACGCAAUCACGAUGAGGAGCAGGCCCGCGACCAGCUGGAGUGGCAAAUUAGAAAUACUGAAGAUGAAAUGACGGAAAUGGAAGAUGACAUCAAGGGACUGGAUAAAGAUAUGCAGGCGAAGACGGCCAAUCUGAAACUGGCUCACACCAGACUGGAGAACAGGACCAACCGACCCGGGAUGGACCUGUGCAGAGACGAGGUUCAACACGGUCUUGUUCAUGAAGUCCAUCAGCUGAAGGCCACAAUCACAGCUCUGAAACAAAAGCUGUCAGAGGCGCAACAGUCUCUGCAGAAGAUGAAGCUCCAUCACGCCCGCAUGCUGGAGGAUCUCUCCAGGAAACAGGAAGCUCUGUCUCUGGAACAACGAAGCAUGAACACCCGCUCACACCUGACGGCGGCCUCCUGCUCCGGUAAAUCCCCGGUGCUGCUGGUUCCGCUCACCAACUCCAGUGGGAGGAGCAACCUGCAGCUGCUGGCUCAGUGAGAAGAUGGCGUCCAUGUUUCUGAAGGGAGGAGAUCUAUUUAGAAAAUAACAAAUUUCUAGCUUUGACUUCACGUUUUAACACUUAGCACAUAACGGAGAGCACUGCAACACUUAAAGCAACACUGUGUAACUUUUACUAAACAACAGCGCCCUCUGCAGCCACACAAGGGGAUUCAUUCUUUUGGGCUCUAUAACCAACUGAAUGGUGAAUAUUCUUCAUAUUGAAAAUGUUUCUGUCUGAAAGAUAAACACUGGGUUUUAAUUAAAUUUAAUUUAGACGUAGAAUUAAUAACAAAACAACAACAAAAGACCUUGUUUGAUGUCGUUGUGAAGCAGCGGAGGAAAAUCCUCCUGAUGUGACUCAGGCACAACACGGAUACACGAUAUUCACGGAUGAGGGGAUGUAGUAAAGUUUUAUUCACAUGGUAAUAAAUAAUCGGGAUCCAUUACCAGUGACCAAAACAAACAGCCGAGGGAAAAAACUGGCGACUGAAUAAUGUGUGUUUUUCCUUCAUCAUGCAUCGUUUGCCCUGGAAGUUUUAGCGGAGACGUCAAAUUACCUUGAAUAAACUGGGGAUUUCUAUUACUAAAUGAAAUUUAAAAUGAAUUAUCAUCCACCCAGUCUGUGCUAAGGUAAAAAAGCUCUUUCCUUUAUCUUAUUAUUUUAAUAAGACCUGUCGUCGUCUUUCAAAAACGUUCCUCUGACCUGUUUUAACCUGUUUGUGUGUAAUUGACUUCUAGUAGUGACCAAUUAUGUUUUAUGCAUGUUUGCUUAACUUUUAUAAGAAAUUACAAAUAUUCAGACCUCGAUGAAACAUUAACUCGUGGAGAUAUUUCCGGCAUCUGAAAAGUACUUAACUGAAGCGACCCAAGUUCUCGUCUGGUCGUCUCUACUUUAAUCGACCAUUAACUGGAAUGGCUUUGUUUUGCUUCGUCGUGUUGUUUGAUGAACUGAAUGAAGACGGCGAUAAUGAUGUGAAGUUUUACUCAUGCAGUGAACGAGGUUUAGAUAAAAAAUCUGGUAAACAGGCACUAAGCAGGGUCUGUAAGUCAAUAAACCAUCGUAACUCUCACGUGCCUCAGUAGUAACGACUUCAAAUGGAUGUUUGUGUCGGUCGCUGCACUUUAUGAGGAUUUAAAGUAAUAGAGGUCU